GUUCCAAACCUAUGUUCUAAGUGCAACUUUUUACUCUGAGAAGUUUGAAUUUCGACUUGACCGAAACUUGAUGAAACUAAUGUCGACAUUUGUUUUGUUGCACCUGGGGCGUUAGUUUGGAACGCAGUCCAGAUCUCAACGGUGAAUUUUAUUUCAUUUUAAUCAUGGUUUUUAUGUAGUUAUGUUUAAUUUGUAAAUGAAGUUACAGUUCUAUUAUUUUUAUUGAAAAACAUAAUUGUAACACAUGGUUGUACUCGGUAUGCGCUAAGUGUUGCAGUUGUAGACUGAGUAUAACGCAAGUGUUUUCGAUGUGCAGUACUUGAAAUGAAUCACGAUGUGUCUUAUUAAGUAUUUAUUUAUAUUAUUAAUUUUAUCAAAAACACAAGCUAAACAAACCGACCAGAUAGAAAAUAAUCUGAACGAUGUGGCCGAGAAAAUUUACUCAGUCAAGAUAAACAAAUGUUGUGAAGUAAACCAAUUAAUGAUAGACAUGUCUUGUAGAUUGGCUGAAUUGUUUAAUCAAACAUUGUGGCAGCCACAGUUCAAAUCUGAAGAUGGAAAAGAUGUUAAAUUAAAACAUUUUCAAUAUGAAACUGGUUUACCUGACUGUGAAAAUACACAAAUGAGGCCUAUUUAUUAUUUGAGGAAUACAGAAGAUGAAUUAAAUAUUUUAGCUGAUGGACGUAUGCGUCAUAUAAUCCUUCAUGAGCACAGUGUAGACAGUAUUAAAGAAGAUCCAUUACUGAGUAAUUCAUUCAGUUUGCAUGAACCAAUACCAAUUCCAGAAAUCAAAGAACCUACAUCUUAUAUCCAUGAACAACGAAAAUACUGUAUGGAUAAGAUUUUCAUGACCAAAACAAACAUCACAGGCGAAUAUGCUCUAGUGUGUGUACCAGAAGUAAAAAUCAAUUGGAAAGAUACUAAUUUUCUUAUGACAAAAAUUCUAAAUCCAAUUUUUCAUGGCAUCGCUAUAAUAUUAUUCCUUACUGUGGCAAUAAUAUAUUUUGUUCUCCCGACAUUGAGAGACUUGGCUGGUAAUAUUAUCACAACAAUAAAUGUUUGCCUUAUUGUCAGCCAAGCGGCUGAUUUUAUAAGAAUUUUUACUGAAUACAGCAACCAUAUCAGCUUCAUGGUAACAGAUAUCAUAUUGUAUAUAUCCCUCUUAGGAGCUUUCUUCUGGUUAAACAGUUUUGGAUUUUACAUUUGGAAAACAUUCAAAUCAAGAAAUGUAUUUCUCAGAGUUACUGAUGUACGUAAAUACUGUUACUACUCAAGCGCAGUGUGGUCUAGUGUCAUUAUAAUGGCUGCACUGGCAAUCUGUGCCCAUUUCCUCUUUGACACAGGCACAAAUCCAAACAGAAAAAUGAGGACUCAGUUCUCAUCAUCAAUACUGGUUGAUGAUAUGGAACAGGAAACCAUAGGUUGGCUAGGAAUUGCAAUAUUCUUCACUCCAGUUGCAUUCACCAUAAUUUUCAACAUAUUUUUUUAUGUGACUACUUUAAAAGUCAUAAGAAGGAUAAAUAUUUAUGGUAGGAUUCAUCAUAAACUCAAAGGAUGUUUCGAUUUAUUUCUUCAGCUGUUCCUGAUAAUGACUACUGCCUGGUUAUUCCUGCUUAUGUCUUGGCUGAACAUCGAUGGUCUUAUAUACGCGCAUAUUGUCGUGAAUUUGUUACAAGCCAUAUUAGUAUUUUACGUGUGUAUCGCGAGGCAAUCUCAUGUCACGUUUUUACUGCGCAAAAGCUGUUGCUAUGCACAGCCAGUACCUACAGGUGAGUGGGGAGACGAGAUGACUCAUAUGAAUGGCGGGAAUUACUAGGAAUACAUAUUUCAAAUGCUAAUAGUAUAUAUUUAUAUGCUUAGUUAGCUAUGCUUAACAAAGUGUUUCAUAUAUUGUAGAUAAGUUACAAUAAUUUUCUUUUUAAAACAUGGCAGUAGAUAUUUAAAUGGAUUUAGCUUCGUUAUAGAAACUAUUUAAUUUUAUACUAAUACGAUAACGACAAUGUUGUAGAAAAAUAAUGAAAAUUAGAUAUUGUUCAUCAACUUUAAGGUAGCAGACAUAUUAUGAACUCGGAAAGGGAUUGUCACCCACUGCAUUAACUUGAGCCGAUCAGUAAUAUUUGUAUAAAACCCCCUACUGCACGGCACACUAAUGGAAAUCGUAACGAUUCCCCCCUAAUCCAAGUUGUUAUGUCUACUACUGACUAAUAUUCUUUUAUGCUUUACUCACGUUGAGUGAAAUUAUUCAAUUACUAAGAUAUUAUUUAUUCCUAAAAACUCAGACUGAAUCACAAAUUCCAUGACUUUUGACAGGCACUAAGUUAUUUUUAAGUAUUGAAGACAAUAUUGUUAUUAUUGAUUAAGGAAACUAUUUGUCGCAUUUAGAUUUAAUAGGAAGUUCAAUCACAAAAGUAGAGGAGACAAUUAUCAUUAUUUGCUAGAUGAUUCUGUGAUGCUUGUAGGAGAUUUAGUAGUAGGUAGUAACAUCAUGUGUCUUAAAAAUGUGUCUUGUCAAUAUAUAAGCAUGUGUACAGCUUUUUGUUAAAAGAGAAAUAAAUCUAAAUUAUAGAUUAAGAGUUGAAUAUUGAAAUUAAAUAAAUUAACAUUGUAAGUGCCCUAACUGAGAGUGCUCGUAAAUUACUUAAAUUGAUCUGAAUUUGGAUUCGAUCCACAAUACUAUAGAUAACGUAAGUCAGCGCGUAAAAUUCGUCUCAAUAAAUAUAUCCUCACUUGAGGCGUGAGAUCUUAUUUUCAAUUAAUAAGUAUAUUACACAGCCGACACAUUAGCUGUGUA